UUAACAACACUACGUCUCUGCAUAUUCUAGGGUUAAUUUGGAUUGAUCAAAUAAUACAUAUAUAUUUUGUGUUGGCAUUGAAGACCAUGAAGGAGGUUGAGAAAAGAUUUGCUCUUCUUCUCGCGGCGAGGGACUCGGAGUACGUGAAGAAGACGUACGGAGGCUACUUCAACGUGUUCGUGGCGGCUUUCGGGGAAGAAGGCGAGAGGUGGGACUUGUUCAGGGUUGUGGAGAGAGAGUUUCCUGAGAUGAGCGAGUUGGACAACUAUGAUGGCUUUGUGAUUAGUGGAAGUCCGUACGAUGCUUAUGGAAAUGACUCAUGGAUUAUCAAGCUCUGCUUUCUCUUGCAGACUUUGGAUUCCAUGGGCAAGAAAGUCCUUGGAAUUUGCUUUGGUCAUCAGGUUCUUUGCAGGGCAUUGGGGGGGGAGGGAGGGAAAGCUAAUAGUGGGUGGGAUGUUGGGAUAAGGAAGGUAAAAAUAGUGAAGGAUUUGACACCUUUCAGAAGCUUCCUUGAAGACUUGGAUGAAAUCCCCUCUUCUCUUUCAAUCAUAGAGUGCCACCAAGAUGAGGUUUGGGAGGUUCCUUUGGGAGCUAAUGUGAUUGGAUAUUCAGACAAAACUGGGGUUGAAAUGUUUGCCAUUGAAAACCACAUCCUUGGUAUUCAAGGUCAUCCAGAAUACACCAAAGACAUACUUGAUAAUCUCAUUGAUCGCCUACUAAAUAAUGGCUCCAUAGAGAGAGGUUUUGCUGAAAAUGCGAAGAUUGUGCUGAAAAUAACUGAGCCAGAUAAGAAGUGCUGGGAGAAGAUCUGCAGAAAUUUUCUCAAGGGAACAUAGAAUUUUACUUACCUUUUGUACCUGCCAAAUGAACUCUCUAUUAGUUAAAGAUCGAUGUUUCAAUUUUAUAUUCCUAGUAACUACCGACAAACCUACACAAUUAGCAUCAACAAGGAUUACACGUAUGAAUGUAAUCUAGUCCGUGUGUGUGUCCAUGGA